AUGCUUGGUGUGCAGCAGCAGCAGCAGCAGCAAGAGCAACCAGAGCAAGAACAGCAACAGCAGCAGCAGCAGCAGCAAGACGAAACGCUUGAGCAGGAGAGUAGUAGCUUACUACUCGAAUCGCCGUUGCUGCAGCAGCAGCAGCAGCAACAGCAGCAGCAGCAGCAGCAGCUGCAGCAGCAGCAGCAGACGGCGAAGCAGCAACAGCCUGAAAGCAGCAGCAUAUCCGCACAGUUGCUGCUGCAGCAUCAGGAGACAUUGGAGCUUCAUAUGCCUUCACCUCGUGCAGCAGCAGCAGCAGCAGCAGCAGCAGCAGCAGAAGAGCAGCAGCAGCAGCAGCAGCAGCAGCAGCAUUUCAGAGAGGACCCUCAAAAUGCUGCAUGCGCUGUUAGCCAUGGAUCCUCUCUGGACCCCAUGGGGCUGAAUCAUCUGCUGCAGCAGCAGCAGCAGCAGCAGCAGCAGCAGGUGCAGCAGCAGCAGCUGCUGCUGCUCAAGGAGCAGAAGCAGCAACCCCCUGCAUCCCCCCUCUCGGACCUGCUGCUGCAGCAGCCUGCUGCAGCAGCACCUGCUGCAGCAGCAAGAGGCUCCCUGCGUCGUGCCUCAAACGGAAUAUCUGCUGCUUGGCAGCAGCAGCUGCAGCAGCAACUGCAGCAGCUGCAGCAGCUGCAGCAGAAGCACCCGCACCACCGCCACCACCACCGCCAUCACCACCACCAACACCACCAACAGCAGCAGCAGCAGCAGCAGCAGCAGCAGCAGCAGCAGCAGCGGGGCCGCAUAAGAAGAAGCAUUUCGUCUCCUUUUAGCUUCACCCCCUUCCCCCGCAGCAGCAGGCUGCUGGACGAGCUGUCUCCUUUGCAGUCUCCAUACACUGCAUGCAGCAGCAGCAGCAGCAGCAGCAGCAGCAGCAGCAGCAGCAGCAUUAGUAGCGCUGCUGCUGCAACUGAUCCUUGGGGGUCGUCGUUCACCGUGUCUCCUGCUGCUGCAUCUGCUGCUGCUGCUGCUGCAGCAACAGCAGCAACAGCAGCAGCAGCAGCACAACAACACGACAAUACAAACUCCUGCAUCUCACCAACACAAACAGGAAUGUAUCAGGGUCCCCUGCUGCAGCAGCAGCAGCAGCAGCAGCAGGAGCAAGUGCUGCAGCAAGCAGCAGAAGCAGCAACAGCAACAGGAGAAGCAGCAGCAGCCAGCAGCAGGAGCAAGUGCUGCAGCAAGCAGCAGAAGCAGCAACAGCAACAGGAGAAGCAGCAGCAGCUGCUGCUGCUGCUGCAGCAGACAACUGGAGCAUGCAUGCAGAAGCAAGCCCCAAAUUCGCCGGUGAGCCUUCGCCGGGGUUUAGUAGGAGUCCUGGCAGUGUCUGCAGCAGCAGCAGCAGCAGCAGCAGCAGCAGCAACAGCACUCUUACCAGCCCUGUCAGCUACGGGGCUGUGCUGCGGCAGCAACAGCAGCAGCAGCAGCAGCAGCAGCAGCAGCAGCAGCAACUGGAUCUGCUGCACCUGGAGGAUGCUGCUAUUUCAGAUGGCAGCGCAGCUUAUGAAGCAGCAAGAAGAAACCUUAAGCAGCAGCAGCAGCAGCAGCAGCACCAGCGGCAAGCAGCAGCAGCCCCCAGUCGCACCGCAGCAGCAGCAGCAGCAACGGCAAAGAGGACCCCCUGCUGCUGCAGCUGCAGCAGGCUCUAGAAGAAGCAGCAGCAACUUGCUCACGCUGCUGCAGCUGCAGCAGGCUCUAGAAGAAGCAGCAGCAACUUGCUCACGGCUGCUGAAACUGCUGCAGCUGCAGCAGGCUCUAGAAGAAGCAGCAGCAACUUGCUCACGGCUGCUGAAACAGCAGCAGCAGCAGCAGCAGCAGCAGCAGCAGCUACAGGGCCACGGUCUCAGCUUGACUGCAGCAGGCUCUAGAAGAAGCAGCAGCAACUUGCUCACGGCUGCUGAAACAGCAGCAACAGCAAGAGAGCUGCUGCUGCAGCGCAACAAAAUAUGCGAACUGCAGCAGCGGCUGGCGCGGCUAUGUGGGCAGCAAGCCUCACCUCCAGCAGCAGCAACUGCAGCAGCAGCAACUGCAGCAGCAGCAACAGCAGCAGCAGCAACAGGAGCUCCGGAUACGGCGGAAGUGGGUGCUGCUGCUGUCUCUCGAGACUGGCCUUCUACUGCUGCAGCAGCAGGACCAGCAGCAGCAGAAGCAGAAGCAGCAGCAGCAAAGCCAGCAGCAGCAACGACAAAACCAGCAGCAGCAGCAGCAGCAGUAUCGCUUGCGGAUUGCAUGCGCUCUCUCACGCUGCAGCAGCAGUCCUUAGAAAAGCUGCGUGAUGACGGCUUGGCUGCUGCACCGCAUAAGACACACCAGCAGCAGCAGCAGCAGCAGCAGCAGCAGCAGCAGCAGCAGCAGCAGCUGUGGGAGGUGAGUGAGAGAGAGAGCGACGUGGAUACGCUGCUAGCAGAGCUGCUGCAGGAUGAAGGCAGGCUGAGGUGUACAUACACCUCACUGCUGCCGGGCUCAG